AUGUUCAUCUGUAUUAAACAUGGAGACAAUGAGCAGUUUCUGGCCAACACCAACUGCCCCGUGGUUCUCCUGCUGCAGUACAUGAGAGCUAAGAUGGGCCUGCCGGAGACAGAGCUGGUGGAUCUGUGUGAUGACCGUGGGGCUCUGAAGCUUCUCUUUCUGUCCCAGCAGCCUCAGGAGUGUGCCAGCCGACUACUUCCUCCCCGCUGCUCCCUCACAUUCUGCAUUGUUAAUCAGACCCUGCAGACUCAGACUGACAGCCUGGAGAGGGCUCGUCUCAGACAGCUCCGCUCUCAGGAGGACCGCAGAGCCACGGAGGCGCCCUCUCAGACCCAACCCACACAAACCGCUAAGGGCCGGGGCCGUACAGUACAUAUGGACACCCCUGAUGAUGAACCCUCCAAUCACCGGACUGGAGGCAGGAGGAGCAAGAACUGA